AUGGCUCGCCGUCACCAUGCCAGCCACGCCGCUCCCAAGCCGUUCAAGGACAUGUCCUUCUCGUUCGCCUGUGGUGGCUACCUCAAGAUGUACCUCUUUGGCGUUGCUAAAGCGCUGCAGGAGUUCGAGCUGGAGAAAGACGCACGGCUUAUCGGAUGCUCUGCGGGGGCGCUGACGGCCACCGGGCUAGCGUUGCGCUGCAACUUCGACGGUAUUCGAGACUACGUGCUAAACCACGUCAUCCCUGGAGCACAUGUGUUCCCUGGCGGGUAUUUCGGUGCACGGAAAUUUCUACUGGACACACUGAAUGCCGAAGGCAAACUGCACCAGUAUGAGAAGCUCAAUGUAUCGCAACAACUCACGGUUGUCUACACGUCGCUAUCGGCGCUGUCGUCGCGUCGGCUAACGACGUUCGAAUCGCAGCAGCACCUGACGGACAGUCUUAUGGCCUCAUGCUGCGCUACACCUAUUGCUGGAAUGCCCUUCAGACUUGGUGGGGAGUGGGUCAUGGAUGGUGGGAUCUUGGACUUUCAACCGGUCUACGACGAGAAAACCGUGACUGUGAGUCCGCUCUACUGCACUGGAGCAGAUAUCAAGCCGUCGGUGUACGUGCCGAUAUGGUGGGCUAUGCUGCCGCCGCGUGUGCAAGACGUCGAGUGGCUCUUCGAUUUGGGAUAUGAAGACGGACUCAAGUGGAUCGUUAAGAACGGUCUCACUGGAAAUCGCAAAAAUGUGGUCAUCCCAAACAAAAGUGGCAAAUACGCGAGCGAGUGGAGCACGACCGUGGGCCGUGUGGUUGGAUACCGUGGCUUUGAGAGUCGAGUGCUGGAUGCUCUUUUCGUGGGGCUCUUUGUGUGCCUCUGGCGUCCACUCGCCUUCAUGUGUCUGUACCUGGAACUGUACCUGCAGGCCAUCGUUUCGGGUAGCAAGGCCGUGGUCUUCGGGGCCGCGGCAAAGCUAUUCAUCUCGAACAUUGUUAUGGCGAUGCUGGCAGUGGCAACUGUUACUCAAGGUUUUCAGCAUACGUUGCUCUUCAUGCUCGGUUUGACCGCGACUGGAUUCUUCUUAGGUGCGAUGGUGCUGCUGGUCGGUGGCUUGCAACAGGCUGCGACGGUUGCCUCAAACGACUGGCAGCGAUGCCGCUCCUGCGUGCGCAGCAUCACCAGUCUGUCACUUUUUCUCCGUUGCAUGCCAGUGCUCGGCUCUUUCAUACAGAUCAAGCGUCACGAGUUCCUACUGCAACACUCACUGGUGUAUCGCAUCGCCAUGUACUGCAUGUAG